AUGGCGUUAGUAGCACACAUUGAGUUCUGUUACCCCCUGAUAGAGGGCACUAUUAAAAGGACAUUCUUUAUCCAUUUUGACUUGAGACAAGUCGAGUCAAACGACCAUUCUGUCUUAUUUCGUCGUCAUUAUCUUCAGAGAAGCACUAAAAAUUUAAGGUCAAUAAUCAUGGACAUGAUAGAAGUUGAUCCAAAACUCUUUGUCACUUGUCGUUUGUGUUUAAAAGAUUUGGGACAGUAUCAAAUAGUACCUAUUGUUCAACAGCAAAUAAAAUACUGUUAUGACAUAGAUGUGGAGCCAUUUGAUGGUUUGCCGCAAUUGAUAUGCAUGAAAUGUAAAGAGGUUUUAAGCAACUUCUUCACAGUAAAGAAGAAUCUCUGUGAUAAACAAUCUGAUUUGAGAAGCAGGAUACCUAAAAAGGAGUCAGCUGCAAUAUUAAAAAUUCAGCCACAACAAGACACUGUAAGCUCAAGCCAGCAAACCUCUGAAAACAUAGAAGAGGAGAGAAGCUCUAAACAAAAAAUAAAAAGAGUUAUCUCCUCAGAUUCAGAAAGCUCAAGCACUGUUAUUUCAUCAAAGAAGAAAAAGAACACUGCCAAAAAACCAUUAACGUGGGAUGGAUCAGGUUUUAGAAAAGAACUAGUGUGUACCAUUUGCAAUACUAAAUGGCCUCAAUUAAAAUCGCUCUUAAAUCAUCGUAGAAUACAUUUGAAAUUAAAAACUACAUACCCUACCAUAUUUAAUAGAAAAUGUUCAGUAAGCCUAAAAAAAGUUGAUGAGAAAGCCAACUACACCGGUAUGAAUAAUAUCGUAGUACACAACAACAGUAAAAUAAUUGAAUAUUGUAACUCAUUAUUUUACUACGUGAAAUAUUCUAAAGAGCAAAAAGAAUUACUUGAAGAUAGUAGCAUAGACAACGAAUCACAAAAUUCUUCUAUGAAAAAUGUUGAUAUUGAAUCUACGGAUACUGAACAAGAUAUAGGAAGAAGAGAUACUGAACAAGAGAUAGGAAGAAAAGUAAAACGGAGAAAAAGACGAAUACUAUCGAAAAGCUCCAAUGAGACUGUUGUUAUUGAAAGCAAUGGCAACAAAGUUAUAUCUGAUAAUGAAGACUCCAAAUUAACAGUGGAAGAAACUAAGCCACUUAUUGCAGAAAUAAUUAAUGAUCAAUGUAUAAACAUUGAUGACUCAUCAGACAGCGACACAGUUAGAAAUGAAAUUUGGUCCAGGUAUAGGUUGAAGCCACUACUGGAAGCAAAACUUGGUGACUACAAAAUUAUACAAGGUAUCAUUACUAUGUGUGUUAAUGCUUUUCACAGAAAAAAUGAAUCAAUCGAAAGGUCAAUGAGUACUGAAUCUCAAUUGAGACGUAAAGUUUUAGGUAUUGGUAGAAAAAUCAUUAAUAGACAAGGUUUUAACUGGACAGGUCUGUUAAAAUUUAUGGAACAUAAAAAUCUUGGUAUAAUAUGGGUUACUAAAGGAAUACACAACGGUAAAGAUUCAAAUGUUAUACGUAUUAUGACAAGAUUACGUGAGGAUGAUACAUCGGACGAUAAUCAAGGAUGGGUACCAGUGCCUACACCUGAUCCUUUACCCGAUAUCGCACCCAACAAAAAUCCUGACACAUCGUUGAGCUCAGUAACGGAACAUCCCAUAGACAAUGAACUAAAUAUUCCAACCUCGUUACCAACAUCUAUGGAAACUGCCGUAAUAUAUUUUAAUAAUUCCUCAGAUCCUAAAAACAAACUUCUUAAUGCUAAUCCUGUAGCAAAUCCGAAACAACUACCACGGAAGUUAACGUCGGGCACUGAAUUCAGAAUAAAUAAAGUUAUGUCAGACUUGAGUACAUCAUACCAUAAUAAUGAAGAUACUGAGCUAUGUAUGCCUAUCAUAACAUCAACGACUUCAUUAGCUGUUUCAAACAGUACACCAACCCCCACAGAACCACCGCAAAACGAUAUUGUUCUUCCUAUAAACACCAAUCCAGAAAAACCUGCACCUAGAAUAAAAGUAAAACCAGUCACUGAGCUGAUGUCGGAAAGAACACUUAAUAGUCUGAGAGAACAGUCAGCAAUUGUUUCUACCACUAAUAUGCUACAGAAUCAAAGUGAUCAAUCUAGUAUAGUAAUACCCCAAAUUGACCCCACUGAAAACAAUAUGAAUACAGGACUAACUCAUAUUGAAAAUACAAAUAUAGUUCUCAGCCCUAAUGUUUGGGUUCCACAGAGUGUGCCGAAUAUGUUUACAUCUCAUGUGGUGCGUCAGAUACAAAGUUCUAGUCAGCCAAUGCAACUAGUUCAAAUAUCGUGUGUAAAUCCAAUUAAUGUUAGACCAACACUGACAUACCAAAAUAUACCUAUGGCGAUUGCUCCACCGCCAUCUAACAACGUAAACAGCAAAGAUGAAUUUGUCUUAUUGAAUACCGUUGAACUACCAAAUACAAAAACAAAUUCACCUUUUAAUUAUUUAAAGAAUCUUUCAAGGAUUCAUAACUUGAUUUUAAUUGAUCCAGACGAGACAUUAUCCCGAGACUUUAUUUGUCUCAUAAAGUUUAAAGUACAAUUCAAGCAGGAACCUAUCGAUGAACCGGUAGUUCUAUGUUUAUCGUUAUUUUGCUCUCAGAACAAGUUUUGUUUUACAGUUAGAGAUAGAAAUCAAAAGGAUAUUAAUAUAAAUAAAAUAUCACCCAACUGGCAAUGGGAAAUAAUAAAAAUUUUUAGAGGGGAUCUUGUAGACAGAUUGCUACAAAAUGCUCAAAAACAUAGUCAAGAAACGCACGAAUAUACAAACAAAUUUUUGUGUUUACUUAAAUCCAUUAACUUUCAAAAGUUGUCGUGA